AAGUUCUUUUAACUUUUUCUCACCUCAGGUUCUCUAUCUUGCAAAACAUGUCAGGUUCUCAGUGCUGCGAGAAUCCACCAACCCUGAGCUCUGGCUCUGGAAUAGGGUCUGUGACUGAAAUUGGAGGUCUCAAAGUCUACGCUACUGGGCCUAGUGAUUGCAAGCGUUCAAUUGUUCUCAUCUCUGAUAUUUUUGGAUGGGAGGCACCAAACCUGAGGAAGCUUGCAGACAAAGUUGCAGCUGCGGGAUUCUAUGUGGUGGUCCCUGACUUCUUUUAUGGAGACCCCUAUGUACCAGAAAAUGCUGACAGGCCACUACCAAUCUGGAUAAAGUCUCAUGGAACGGAUAAAGGAUUUGAAGAUGCAAAGCCAAUUAUUGCUGCUCUAAAAAGCAAAGGCGUAUCAGCUAUAGGCGCAGCAGGAUUCUGCUGGGGUGCGAAGGUGGUUGUGGAGCUAGCAAAGUCUGAUCCCAUUCAAGCUGCAGUGCUUUUACAUCCUUCCUUUGUCACUGUAGAUGAUAUUAAAGAGAUCAAGGAACCAAUUGCCAUAUUGGGUGCUGAAAUUGACCAUCUUUCCCCUACACUCCUCAAACAGUUCGAAGAGGUUCUAUCCGCCAGGCCUGAGAUUAAUGGCUACGUCAAGAUAUUUCCUGGGGUUGCACAUGGAUGGACUGUCCGGUACAAAACAGAAGAUGAAAAGGCAGUCGAGUGUGCUGAAGAAGCCCAUAAAGACAUGCUGGAUUGGUUUGCCGAGUACGUCCAGUGAAUCUACCUCAAGUAGCAGAUUAUAAUCUCAGGCUGCUCCUCUAGAAUAAAUUUCAGGCAUUUAUAUUGCCUGUGAUCUGAAUUAUGAUCUAAAUAAAAGGCAUCCCAAGCUAGCUUGUCGCAAAUGUGCAUUUCUUGUUUGCCUGUGAUGUUGAUCAAAGUGACUUUUGCACUGUCCGACUUUUAUUGUUCAAUAGUACUUAAAAUUUCGAUGA